AUGUAUAAGCGUUUUGGUGGACUUGAUCAAGAAAAGAAUAUUUAUGAAUCAUAUUUUAUUGUUUUGGAUACUGUUGAACAAUGUCUAGCCAAUACAAACAAUAUGGGCACAAGUCGUUUGGAUGAAGCAAUUUAUGUGAAUAAAUUAUUGCCUGGUGUUUGCAAAUUAUUAAAUGUGGUUGGCGAUGGUGUAACGGUACAACAUGUUCGACAAUUAGCAUCUCAUAUUUUAUUCGCACUAAGUGUCAACAAUUUUAGUACACUGUUUUCAAAAGUUGUUUCACGUCUAGAAUGUUUGAUUGCAUCUGGUGACGAAACAUGUGAAGCUGGUGAUUUGAAUUUAAUCCAACAUAUGAAUGUUGAUAUGAGCAAAUUAACAAGACUUUUAAAUGAGGAAGUACAAAAAUGGAGAUUAUUGAAGAAAAUACAUCAUAUUGAACUUGUUAAAAGUGUGGAAAAAGCUAUAUGGAAUUGGUUAGACACAUAUCCCGAAGAGUUUACAGAUUUACAAAAACGUCCGAGUGCAGAAUUAAGUGAUAAUUGUGAAAAAUUAUUUGAAUUAUUAGAUAUAUUUCAAGAGAAUAAUAAACGUAAAGUCCAAUAUAUAUGGCCUUUGCAAAUGAUGCUUUUAGUUUUAUGUCCCAUCAUUUUGGAAGAAUUAGUUUACUCUAUUGAAAAAGGUGGUCCAUGUUCAGAAGAACAUUUAAGAAAGCGUAAUUUUAUCGAUAAUCUUAAACGACAACUUCACUCCAAUGUUAAACAGCACAGAGAAGCAGCAGCUGUAAUCACAUUUGUUAAAUUAUGCAAAGCAUGA